ACCUAACACCCAAGCCCUGAAAUAUAGCUUUCUGUAGUGGGAGUUGAGCUUAGAAACAAGAAGAAAUAGAAUAAAAUUCAAUUUGACACUUGCUACUUAUGGGACAUCUCCAAGCCUGUCUGACCCAGAGAUAUAUAGAACUAUUAAUACCUUUUUUUUUUUUUAAUCCUUACCUUCCAUCUUGGAAUCAAGCCAGUAAGUAGCUAAGUGGCUUAGUGGAGAGAGCACCAGGUCUGGAGUCAGGAAUAACUGAGGUCAAAUGUGACCUCAGAUUCUUCUUAACUCUGUGACCUUGGGUAAGUCACUUAAGCUCUGACUGCCUGAGAAAAAGGAUCCGCUGGAAAAGGAAAUGGCAAAUCAUUCCAUUAUUCUUGCCAAAAAAAUCUCCAUGGGUAUUUAUGGUUUAUACGAUCACAAAAGAAAGACAGGAAUAAACAAAUGAAUAAUAGCAGCAACAAAUUAAUACUUAUAGUAGCUCUGAGCUUAAAUAAGAUAAUGACUAACCUUAAAGACUAUCUAAUGUCCAUUAUUAUUUAUAUAAUAGGGACCUGGGUUAAAACCACAUUUCUGAUAUUUGAUGACCUGGGUAACCUCAAACAAGUUACUAACUGAGCCUUGGUUUCCUCAUCUCUAAAACUAGGGAUUCAUACUAAAUAGUUUCUACUGUCCCUUCAGUCCUAUAUUAGUAAAUUGUUAUUCAACAUUGUAGAUAACCGGAGACAUCGUGGUAUAGUAUAUAGAACCAGUUGUGUAGUCUGGAAGAUGUGGGUCCAGCUUCUGCCUGAAAUAUGUACUAGCUGUGUGACAGUUGGCAAAUCAUUUAAGUAGGAAAUCUGUAAUAUCACAAGUUAUAGAUGAUUUGCUAUUCUGUAUCAGUGGAGAGAGUUUUCCCACCAGGAGUUCUCGACAUCAAUAUAAUCAUAGCUUUGGACCAAAAAAAAAAAAAAGUACAUCAUAACCAUUUGUGUUACAGUCCUCUCCCCUCUUUACCCAUCCCUUCCAACCUAGGAUCUGUAAGGUCUUUGUCUUUAAACUUUCUACUGCCUUCAGUAACUAAUGCUUUGCAUACAAUAAGGGCUUGAUAAAAUUUGGUUUUGUUAGCUGUAUCUGUAUUUAUAAUGAGAUGAGAUAAACCUGAGCAGACAUAUUUAAUUGACCAGAAAUAUCUUUCCUGUUAUCAAAAUUAAACAUGAAUAUAAUGGUGCUGCCAUCAAAUUUGAGGCAAAAUUAGCUCUGCAUUUAAAUGCAUUUAUUGACUAGGCAGUGAGCGAUAGUCUCAUUUUGUUAAACAGCAAGCCUUUACUCUAACUUAAAACUUUUCAUGUUUCCAAUGUUUUGUAAUCAUAACAUUUUAGGUGAGAAGGAAACAAUGUGGUCAGGGAAGUCAUUAAACAGAGAUAUCAGUUAUUGAUUACUUAUCCUCAAAUGUAGCAUUUCAGAAGUUCACAGUGUUGCAAACUUUAAGCAUUUACAAACAGUUUCCCUCAGAACAGUUAUAACUUCAUUAUUAAUUGUAAGAUUCCUCCAUCUGUGUUUAACUGUGCCAUCAUUUCUGUACAUAUUUUCUCCCUGUUAAUAGGGUAAUAGUUUCACUUUGUGUUAUGUACUUCAUCAGUUGCUGCUACUGACUCUGUUUUCCAUUAGAUCCUUCUGACUUUCUAAUUUUAGUGUUGUAGUGUGUCCUGAUCUGCUCAGCCCCAGCCCUGGGAGUCAAUAGUGACAUGCAAUUUUCCAAGUCAUCCAAGUUGUAGUAUAAUUUAUGCUGUCCAUCAGGACAGUGCUAAAACAAACAAACAAAAACACCCCCCCCCAAAAAAAAACCCAAAACUCCUGUAUUUCCUCCUGUUUUCACAUUUUUAGAGUUGAAUAUGGAAUUUAGGAUUUUGCUGUGGAAGUCUUAGAAAUGAUUAUGUCUUGUUUGUUUUGUGUUGUAUUCUAGCUCCAAUGAGCAGACUACUAGCCUGUUUCAUCUUAAUGUUUUUAUCACACACAAAAAUGCAAAAAUUGAGUCUUUAAAAAGAAUACCUCUUUGCCUUGGCUCAGAAGAUAUCUCAAUCUGUCUGGCUUACUAAAUUGUCAGGUCUGUUUCUUGAUUCUCUUCCAAGGUUAAAUAUUCAUUGACUGCAACGUGGGGAGUUCCAAAAUCCAAGAAUAUUCUAAUAAGAAUAGUUAAUACUUUCAGAGCUAUAACUAGGGUAGGGUGUUUGGAGUUUUGUUCCAGGUUGCAGAAAUUUAGAGGGUGAUAACUGUACUUCAGUGACAGUAACAUCUGAAUUUAGUAUUUGCAGUAAGGAUAAUUAGUUAAAAUGAAAGCUCCUGAGUCAUGCCCUAAAGCGAGCAUUUCUACAGCACAGUCCUAUUUCCUAACUCCAUCUGGUGGUAGCUUCUGCUGAAAAGGUCUUACAUACUGGGGUCUCCAUAGUAUCAUUCUCUUCCUCUACCACCUCAGCUAAAUUGAAAGCAUGUCUCUUGCCUCAUGCAAAAGUUACUAGUUAUUAUAUAAAAAAAAAAGAUUGUUGUUGAUAUUUGAAAAUGACCCUAUUGACUAUAAUUCCUCUCUGCUUUUGGGUCUAAAUUUUUUUAAGUUUGUUUUCCCAUACUGUGAAGGGGUGUAGAAAACAGUUUCGUGUUUUGUCAUUCGAGCCAUCAAGGUAUCAAAGAAAGAAUCCUGGUCUCUUGUUGUGAGUUAGAAUUCUUAUAUUCAAAUCCUACUGUGUCAUUAUUUUUGUUAUGUGAGCUUGGGUUGGUCAUUUAAUAUCUUGGGAAUAUAAUUUUGUCAUCUAUAAAAAUGAGAGGAUUGAGCUAGAUGAUCUCUGCAUGAUGGUUCCAUCGACUUUUUGAUCAUGGAGUAUCUUUGUCAUUCAUCACUGAUAACAUGCUAUAACUUCUCCAUACAUGUCUCCAUUGUCCCAUGGGUAAUACAAAGUUUUGAUUGAUAAAUUACAGUAUCCCAUGAUUUGUAGCUGCACAGUACCAACAGAAGAUUAUUGCUCUUUUUUUAAGUGGGGUUUUGUUUCAUGUUGGUGUUUGAGAUCACCGAAUACCUUCUUCCUUCUUCAUGUUUCAUUCCAAUAUGCUGGAUAUAUAUCGCUUUAGGCUACAGGUGGUCCUAAAUUGGACAAUAGGUAUUUUUCAUUCAUUUCUUUCUUUUUCUGUGGAUUAUUAGACUGUAAAGAAAGAAAUAAUAGAAAUUAUUAUGAAUUGUGACUCCCAAACAGCCUCUGGACUUUCUAGACUCUUUUUUUGCUUCUUCUUGCUCUCAGUUCUUGCAAUGUCUUUCCUUGGUAUCUUGCCUAUCCUUUAAUGCUGAAGUCUAAUGCCCCCAGGAUGUCUUCCCUGAUUUUCCUUGUCAGCAAUUAUCACCUCCCUCUUUCCUAUCUCACAGUAUUGUGUUUUUCAGCUCAUCAUAUAAUAUUUCAUGUUAGAACAUUUUACAUUUUUCUUAACCCUCUAAUAGAGUGUAAGUCUCAUAAAGCUGUAGCCAAGUUUUAUCUAGACUUUCUGGGGCUUACCAUUUCCUGCUCACUCUGGAUGCCUAGUGUUUGUUGAAUGAAUGAAUUUGAAUGUAUAUGAAUAUGUACAUGUAUCCCCAAAAGGGCCUAGAUUAUAACUUUGGACUAGCUACAUGCACUUGUUCAAAUAUUUGCAAAAUAAUGAAUGAGUGAAUAAAUCACUAGACAUUUUUUUCAAGAGGAAAUAUUUUUAUUUUUUAUUUGGAUUUUUUUAUUUUAAUAACAAAUUUCCACAUAAGUUUUCCAAAGUUAUAUGAGCCAUACUGUCUCCCUUCUUUCUUCCCUCCCCCUUCUUGGAGCUGGUAAGCAAUUCAAUCUGAGUUAUAUGUGUAUUAUCACACAAAACAUAUUUCCACAUUAUUCAUUUUUAAUAAGUGAAUAAUCUUAAAAAACCCAAACCCAAAACAGAUACCCAAAUAAACAAGUAAUAAAUCAUAUGCUUCCAUCAUCAUUCUUACUCCAAUAGUUCAUUCCCUGGAGGUGGAUGGCAUUCUUUUCCAUAAGCCCAUCAGAAUUGUCCUAAGCAGACAUUUUAAAAGAGCCUAUUACAUACCAGUCAUUGUUCAGUCAUGUCCAACUCAUCAUCUUCCUGACUCCAUGGACCAUAGCAUUCCAAUACUGUCCAUGGGGUUCUCUUGGCAAAGAUACUGGAGUAGUUUGCCUUUUCCUUCUCCAGCUCAUUUUAUAGCUGAGGUCACUAAGGCAAACAGGGGCAAGUGACUUGCCCAGAGUCACACAGCUAAUAAGUGUCUGAGGCUGGAUUUGAAUUCAGAUUUUCUUGACUUGCAUUACAAGGGUCUAUCUACAGAGCCCCCUAACUGGCUAAAGUUUGCCUCAGUUUCCUGAUCUGUAAAAUGAUCUAAAGAAGGAAAUGGCAAACUCCUCUAGGAUCUUUGUCAAGAAGACCCCUACUGUGUGACCCUGGGCAAGUCACUUGACCCCCAUUGCCUAGCCCUUACCACUCUUCUGCCUUGGAGCCAAUACACAGUAUUGACUCCAAGACGGAAGGUAAGGGUUUAAAAAAAAAAAAAGAAGACCCCCUAAUAGGAACACAAAGAAGUGGACAUGAUUGAACAACAAAAAACAUUCACCAGUCAUUGUUCUUAGGCAGUCAAGCUGGAAAGGGCAAAAAUGAAGCAGUUCUUUCCUUCCAGGAGUCUUAAGUGCAAAAAAGAAGGAAUGUCUCAGAUUCUUUUUGAGAUUGGACUAGCUCUCAGCUAAAGGGAUUUCUUUUCUGCCUUGGACAGAUUGGUAGGUUGGACAAGAUGACCUCAGAAGUCCUUUCCAGUUAAUUCAAGAUAUUAUGAUUUUAAGUCACUGUUUCUAACCGAUUUAUUCAUUCAUUCCUUUUUAAAAAUGUUCAUUAGCUACGAAUAGAAUGCUCUAUGCCUUGCAAAAUAGAUGCAAAUUUAGUUCAUUUACAGUUUGGUUGGGAAAAUAUACACAAAUAAAAAUAUGACAAAAUUUGACUAAUAUGUAUAAUAUAUAAUAUAAUAUAAUAUAAUAUAAUAUAAUAUAAUAUAAUAUAAUAUAAUAUAAUAUAAUAUAAUAUAAUAUAAUAUAAUAUGAUAUGAUAUAAUAAUUCGACUCCAAUAGAUGCUUUAGAAGAGCAAGAGCAAAGAGGUCACUCAUUCAACCAAAGGUAAGGGCAGGAUGAGGCAAAGUUUAGGAGGAAUGUUAUUAUUAACUUUAGGCAAAAAUUUGGGCUCUGGGGAAGGGAGUGCAGAAAAUCGAGGUGUGGAAAAUCGUGCAUGAGUUAGGAAAGGGUUAAAAAGAUCUCUGCACUUCUCCAACCACCCUUGCACAAAGAAAAAGAAAAAAAAAGAAAAAGAAAAACCCUGCUGAGAACCUGUUUUGCAAGUUUCACUAGUGAAAAAAAAAAAAAAGCUUAGAGGGGGUUGUGGGGGAGUGAAUUGGAAAAACCUGAGGGGUAUCAGUUAAAGGUUUUUCAGAAUCCGAGUUUCCAGUGUAACUUUAUCCGGCAGAUUUUUCUUUAACUGAUUGAGAUCAUUGUUAGACAGGGAGGGGCAGAUUAACGAACAUUUAUAAUUUUGUUGAUUGUUUUAAAAGGGAAAAAAAAGAGCGCAGACUUGGAAAGUAAAGGAGGUAGUUCCUGGCUAAAUUGUGUGUGUGUUUGUGUUUGUAAAUUACAUCCCGCGCAGCUCCACCCCCCACCCCACCCCCAGCCCCCGAAAAGCCUUUCCACUAAUGAACAAUUCCAGUAGAUUGUUUAAGUCCCCGCCUGACAGGUAACUUUGGCAUGUGGGCAGGUGGGGUUAAGGUUACCAUGGAGAUUUAUGAUGUCAUGCUUGAGCGAGCAUGUCAAGACAGCCAAUUUAACAUGUAGCUGCUCCAAAAAUCCUAUAGGCUCGAAGUAGGUUUUAUGUAAAUGACAAGAGUUUCCCUGGGAAAAGACAAAAGAAAACAGUGCGGAGGGGAGGCAUGGAGGGGGGUUCUACCUGACAACUCUAAAGGAUUACCCAGGAGUUCAUUACCACCCCAAAACUUCCCGGGAGAAGACGAAUUAGAUUUGCUGUCGCCACUUGGGGCUGGCAUCACCUGUGGAGCUCGACCAGAAGCCCAAAGCUUUCUCAAAGCCCUCAACCGCUCAAUUUAGGAGACCAGGCUGAACAUCUGUCAGAGGCAUCUGCUGAUUCUUUGGAAGCCAUGUCAGAGGGAGAGUCACCGACUCCUUUUUCCAGAGGUAGCCGUACCCGGGCAAGCCUUCCAGUGGUGAGGUCAACCAACCAGACAAAGGAGAGAUCUCUGGGUGUUUUAUAUCUUCAGUAUGGAGAUGAAACAAAACAGCUUAGGAUGCCCAACGAAAUCACAAGUGCAGACACAAUUCGUGCCCUUUUUGUAAGUGCCUUUCCUCAGCAGCUCACCAUGAAAAUCCUGGAGUCUCCAAGUGUAGCAAUUUACAUCAAAGACGAAAGCAGAAAUGUGUACUAUGAAUUAAGUGAUGUAAGGAACAUUCAGGACAGGUCCUUCCUUAAAGUUUACAACAAGGAUCCUGCACAUGCAUUCAAUCACACACCCAAAACUAUGAAUGGAGAUAUGAGGAUGCAGAGAGAAAUUGCUUAUGCAAGAGGAGAUGGUCCUGGGGCCUCUCGCCCAGGAUCCACAGCUCAUCCAUCCCAUUCAAUUCCAAAUUCACCACCCUCUACUCCCAUACCACAUUCUAUGCCUCCUUCCCCAUCCAGAAUCCCUUAUGGGGGUGCUCGUACAAUGGUCGUUCCUGGCAAUGCCACUAUCCCCAGAGACAGACUCUCCAGCAUGCCAGUUUCAAGAUCCAUCUCCCCAAGCCCAAGCGCCAUUUUGGAAAGAAGAGAUGUAAAGCCAGAUGAAGACCUAAGCAGCAAGACCAUUGCCCUGUACAGAAAUGAAGGUCUAUAUGCUGACCCAUUCCUUUUCCAUGAGGGACGAAUGAGCAUAGCUUCUUCACAUGGCGGACAUCCCCUCGAUGUCCCAGAUCAUGUCAUUGCCUAUCACCGCACAGCAAUUCGUUCUGCGAGUGCUUACUGUAACCCCACUCUACAAGAAAUGCAUUUGGAGCAGUCACUAUACAGACAGAAAUCAAGGAAGUAUCCAGAUAGCCAUUUGCCUACCUUGGGCCCCAAAACACCACCAGCUUCUCCCCAUCGAGUUGCUGACAUCAGAAUGAUCGAUAUGAUCCCUCAUCAUAAUGUCCACAUACCACCUCAUGCGAUGCAGUCGGACCGGGCAUCUCCUAGCCGCCAGUCAUUUAAAAAGGAUCUGGGAACCACAGUGUAUAUAGAAAAGUCACGAAACCCUCCUGUAUUAUCAGGCAUGGUGGACAUGGGCCCAGCACUGACAGAGAAGCAAAUUUUUGGCUAUAGCACCAUGACGUCACCCAAAGAUAAAGAGACAAGAGAGAGGAUGCAAGCCAUGGAGAAACAGAUUGCCAGCUUAACUGGUCUUGUGCAGUCUGCGCUUUUUAAAGGGCCAAAUACAAGUAAUAGCAAAGAUGCUUCUAGUGAGAAGAUGAUGAAGACCAUGGCCAACAAGAGCCUCCCAGAUGGUGCAGGAACCCCUCACAUUUCUGGUGGGAAGACUUCUGUGGCCCCUCAGGAGUCCACUGCACUCUUCAGUCAGCCACCACCUGCUGGCUCCACUGCAAUCCAGAUGAGCCUGUACGACAUGAGGCGAAAUGUGUCUGAACUUCGGCUCCAGCUCCGCCAGAUGAGGGAGCUCCAGCUGCAGAAUCAGGAGUUGCUGAGGGCAAUGAUGAAGAAGGCUGAGCAGGAAAUCAAUAGCAAAGUGAUUGAAACCCUGAAGAGGCUGGAGGAUCCCGUGCAGCGGCAGCGCCACCUGGUGGAGCAGGAGAGGCAGAAGUACCUUCACGAAGAGGAAAAAAUAGUCAAGAAGUUGUGUGAGCUAGAAGAUUUUGUUGAAGAUCUGAAGAAGGAUUCUACCUCUACUGGCCGAGCAGUUACCCUUAAGGAUGUAGAAGAUGGAGCUUUCCUUCUUCGACAAGUAGGAGAAGCUGUGGCCACGCUGAAAGGAGAAUUCCCAACCUUGCAGAAUAAGAUGAGGGCUAUUCUGCGUAUCGAAGUGGAGGCUGUGAGGUUUUUGAAAGAGGAGCCCCACAAACUGGACAGCCUCCUCAAGAGGGUCCGCAGUAUGACUGAUGUAUUAACGACAUUAAGAAGACAUGUCACUGAUGGACUUCUAAAAGGUGCUGAUGCCACUCAAGUAGCACAAUAUGUUGCCAUGGAAAAAGCAACAGCAGCAGAAAUACUGAAAAACCAGGAGGAGUCAACGUCCACCCAUGGCUCCUCACCCCAGAGCACAACUGGAGGGAGUGGAGAAUCUCAGGCUUCAUCCAUAAAGUCAGAAGUGGUGCCCUUGUCUACCAUGACAGUUCACCAUGCACAAAGCUCCCCAGUUGUCAUCCACCAGUCCCAGCACUCUUCUGCACUGGUCAACCACACACAGAACUUGCCUACAGGGACCGGCCAUCACCCAGCCAGCCCUCCAGGCACCAUGCAGGAAUCAGCCACCACUGUCCAGCCAGUGCAAACUCCCCAGUCUCCACAGCUUCCCACCAAUGGUUCCACCAUGCAGAGUCUGUUCAUUGAAGAAAUUCAUAGUGCAAGUAGCAGGAACCGAGCUGUAUCUAUAGAGAAGGCAGAGAAAAAAUGGGAAGAAAAAAGGCAAAACCUGGACCACUAUAAUGGAAAAGAAUUUGAAAAGCUCCUGGAAGAAGCUCAGGCCAAUAUUAUGAAGUCCAUCCCCAACCUCGAGAUGCCACCAUCUUCUGUUCCUUCACCAAAGGGAGAUGCUCCAGUGGAGAAGCUUGAACUUUCAGAAGAAUCUCCAAGUACAGAACAGGAUUCGGACAAGCAUGGAGGGAAGUCUCCACCUCCACCACCUCCUCCCCCACGCAGAAGCUAUCUUCCAGGAUCUGGUCUGACUACCACUCGAUCUGGAGAUGUGGUCUAUACCAUCAGGAAAGAGAAUGCUGCCACUAAGGAAAACAUUGAAGAUGCUGGACCAACACCACCAGCUAAGGUCGCAAAAGGUCCACAAGAAGAACAAGUUUUAGUUCGGUCACAACCUCCACCACCAGCUGCAGUUUCUUCCACAAAAGAUGAGGAAGAAGAAGAAGGAGACAGAAUCAUGGCUGAAUUACAGGCAUUCCAGAAGUGCUCCUUUAUGGAUGUAAAUUCAAACAGUCCUGUUGAGCAGGCUCGAACUGACGGUCACGUUAAAGACACUAGACUUGGGGCCGUCACACAACCCAAGGAAAGGAAGGGCAUUUUUGGAAGUUGGAGAACAAAGCAAAUUCAGAAUUUGGAAUUUUUCCAAGAAGACACACGGAAAUCUGAUGUUGCAAAUGAAAAUCGCCCCCAAAUGGAAUCUCGAUUGGUAUACGAUGUUACGACAGGGAUUCCAAAACCUAGUGACCUUCCUAAGGACAGGUGGGAAAGAAAAGCUGAAAAUAAUGUUUCUGAUGAAGCAGGGUCAACCGAGAGUCAAACUGGUCACUUCCUGAAGGAAAAUGCUGCUUCUGAUAGGAGUUUGCUUAGAGACAGUAAAGACUGUUCCCAGAAAAAUGCGUCUGUCUGCCCAAGUCUCUCUGGAAUUAGCGUAACAGAAAGUGAUGGAAGCAAAGGGCCCCAAGUCAUAGGAAUGCAGUACACCGUGGUUAAAGCUGAGAAUCAGUUGGUGAAUUAUGGAAAAUUAAAAGAAAUGAAUCAACAAGAACUUGAAAACCUAAAUAAGUCCAAUCUUACCCCUCAUACUGAAACAGUUCAACUGCGUAAUCAUAAUCUUGUAGGAACUUUGAAAUCAACUCCAGACCAAGAAAAGCACAUAUUUGACUACAACCAUGUUGUCUUAAGGCCUAAGGGAGCUAAAAAUACCAAUGGGGGCUUCGGUGAGGAUGGCGAAGCCGUAGCAAGUUCUCCGACCGAAGAAAAUCCAUCUACUGACAACAUUGCUUUUAUGAUUACUAAAACAGCCGUCCAGGUGCUAUCAAGUGGAGAAGUCCAUGACAUAGUGAGCAGAAAGGGAGGAGAUGUACAGACAGUAAAUAUUGAUGCCAGGAAAGAAGGGAUCUCCCAACAAGAAGGGACAGAAAAUGAGGAGCCCGUGGUUUGUUUGGAUAAGAAACCAGUCAUCAUCAUUUUCGAUGAGCCCAUGGACAUUCGAUCUGCCUAUAAAAGACUCUCAACUAUAUUUGAGGAGUGUGAUGAGGAAUUAGAACGGAUGAUGACAGAGGAAAAAAUCGAGGAGGAAGAAGAGGAGAAUGAAGAACCUACUCAACCCAAGAACUCUUCUCAAGGGCUUAUUAACAGCCGGGAUUCAAAUCAGUUGACCAGUCUAACACCAAGACAGCAGCCUGAUUUGGCAGAAAGCAAAAUAGCAGGAGGACCAGAAUUAGGCAAGUCGGAGCUGAACCCAGAUAGUCUUGUUUGUUCUCCAAUUUCAGAUGAAAAGUCUGAUCUUACAGAGGAUCAAUUUGAAAGUCCCAAGAAAAAAUUUAAAUUCAAGUUUCCUAAAAAACAGCUGGCUGCUCUCACUCAAGCCAUCCGGACAGGAACUAAGACAGGAAAGAAAACCUUGCAGGUGGUGGUUUAUGAAGAAGAGGAGGAGGACGGAACUUUAAAACAACACAAGGAAGCUAAGAGGUUUGAGAUUUCAAGGUCUUUACCGGAAGAAACUCCUAAAAACAUGAGUAAAAAUCAAGAACAACCCAGCCUAGAGAUUCCAAAGCCAGCUUCUAGAACUGAUGAGAUUCGAAAAAAUACCUAUAAAACACUGGACAGCCUUGAGCAAACCAUUAAGCAACUUGAAAACACGAUCAGCGAGAUGAGCCCUCGAGCUUUAGCGGACACCUCUUGUACGUUUUCAGCCCACGUAGCUCAGGAAGAAGCAUCCAACCCUGUAGAAGCCCCUCCGUCAAUACCUUCAACCUCACGUAAGGCUUCUAGCGGUACCCCACAGACAAGCCGGAUGCCCAUCCCAAUGAGUUCCAAGACUAGACAAGGAAGCGUGGAUAAGCCAAGCAAACAGCCCAAGCUCCAGGACCCCCGCCAAUAUCGACAGGCUAAUGGAAGUGCUAAGAAAGCUGGUGGGGACUGGAAGGCUACUUCCCCUUCCUUACCUGCUUCUAAGAUUCCGGCCUUUUCUCCCAGCUCUGGGAAAAGCAGUUCUAUGCCCGCUUCUAGUGGUGAUCCUCCCAAUCCCCUUAAUCCAUCUACUAAAUCAUCCAUUCCUUCCUCUAACCUUCUCAGCCCACAAACAGGUCGCUCUGCUUAUUCUUCCUCCCACAUCCCUUCUGUCUCUAACGGCUCCUUAAAAUUUCAGAACCCUACUCACCCAGGGAAAGGCCACCAUCUUGCAUUCUCACUCCAGACUCAAAAUGGGCGACCAUCCCCUCCUUCUUCUUCCUCUUCUCCCCCUUCCCCAGCCUCCCCCACCUCAUUGAAUCAAGGUGUCAAGAGCAUCAAGACCAUUCAUACCCCUAGCUUCACCAGCUACAAGUCCCAGAAUGGAAAUGCAAGCAAAUCCAGCCCAUCCACAGCCAAGGAGACCUCUUAAAGGCUGGAGGCUAACUGGUGCAGAGCAGCAUGGGCGGAUGUUGCAGUACCACACCGCCACUACCGGUUUCCCAGGAGAAUGUAAUGUGUUGUUGUAUCAUUUGAGGUUCGAGGCAAAAUAUGUACUAAAUACUAAACUAACUGAUUUCAGUAAAUUCGUUGUUUUUUUUUAACUUUGUUGCUGUUGUAAUUACAUAGCAUUUAUUGUCUGUAUUCAGCACCUGUUAAAUACAGUGAGCAUGUGUUAAGAGAAAAGAAAAUGGUAGUCAGACAGGAGUGAGUGUGUGCAUGUGUGUGUGUGUGUGUGUGUGUACGUGUACGUGUACGAGAGACACAGAGAGAGAGAGACAGAGUGUAUGCAUUUUAAAAAACAAAAGCAAAUACCCUGUAUCAAGCUUGGAAAACAUGUAUGGCUCCAGAAUUUUAGUAUGUUAUUUUGUACACAAAUAUUUUUCAUCAUGGAAAUUAGAAGUGAACAGAGAAAUAAAUACCCAAGUGUGACUAUACAAACUGUAAAUCUGAUACUAAAAUAUUUCCUUUUAUUUUACUGUUAUUUAGCUUUGUUACAGAUUUCUAUUUUUGUCAGAAUUUCAUGGUUCCUUUCAAGAUCUUUUUGCCAAAACAUUUUGAUACUAUAGUAAUGUACAUUUGAAAGAAGUAUGUUGUACCCUUGAGCUUCCACACAGAGAUACCAGGCUUCACCAGGCAAGCUAAUGCACUUGUUGCACUGCCGUUAAGCUUAUGUAUAAUAAUUUGCCAAUCUAAGAAAAAAAUAAUCAUUUCUUUGUUUUUGCAUUUGGUAUUUGCUAAUUAUUUUCUUUGCAAAAAAAUCUAACCCUGCCUUUAAGUUUAUUUUGACUGAGACCUGGUAACCCACACUGUAUUGCAUUGUGCAUUUUAAAAUGUACACUUCUGUACUUUCUGUAAACUGACAAAAUUUUGUACAUAUAUAUAAAUAUACAUAGAUCUAUUAAAAAUACUGUAUGUGGCUAAGCACAUAGAGUAGUUUUCCCACACCAAAGUUAAUUUUUAUGCAUGCUUUAAAAAUAUAGAGGGAAUGGGCAGAAAGGUGAUGACUAUCCAUAAAUUUAAAAAAAAUUCAUUUGCACAGUUGGAGUGUUUUUUUUGUAAAUAAAUGUAUUUGUAUAACACAAUAAUGUAUUAUACAGAACUAUCAGCAGAGUACUUUGCAAAACUAAAUAAAAGGGCUGCAUGCUUA